GCCUGCGCGCGCCGCCCGGUAGUUCCGGUGCGGGGCCGGCCCGUCCCGUUCCUCCUCCUUUGAGCCGGGCCGGGCGCCGCCACACGGGCACAGCCGAGCCGAGCCGAGCCCGCCGCCAUGGCCCAGCCCGCCAGGCCCCCCGCUGGCUACCCCAGCCACAACGGCGCUGGCCAGCAGCCCUACAGCAACGUUUUUUCUCUUCCAGGUCCUGUUCAGAAUCAGCUGAUGCAUUCACCGGAUGGCCAAGGAUACAGCCCUUCAGUUCCAGGAUCGUAUUCCCAUCAGACUCCGGCCAAGGUUCCUCCACAUCCAUCUUUGGGACAGUAUAACUAUAGUGGCUCUCAGAAUGUUUCUCAAUUAAACAGUUACCAAGGACCUGGGCAGACUCUCAACAGACCCCCACUGGCACCUUUUUCUGGGUCCCCAGUACAACAGACAGGUCCUGCUCCACAAGUGCUGCUGCCUCCAUUGCAAAACUCAGCUGCUAUAUCAUCUGCUGGUAGCUUUCCUCCUGGAGCUACCCCACUAGUGCUUUCAAACUGGCAGUACAGCCAGGCUCCCACAAGCCAGCCCCUUGGGUCUCAAACAAGCCAUUUGGCACAUGUGACGGGGACAGGGUCACCCCAGCCACUGUCAUCGUUAUCAGGAAAUACAAAUCCUCCAGGAAGUUAUCAAUAUGCUGCUUCUCCAGGAGGUCCCCCGCUUCAGAACAGCUACAUGAAGCCAGGAUCUGCUCCUCCACCAGUGACUCAGCCUUUAACUCCGCUCCACCCUCCUGCAAGGCCACCCUUAGGGCCUCCACCAGUUGGUGGUCCACCUUUAAUUAGGCCUUCAACCUUGACAGCUGGACCACCUAAUACACAGUCCCUGCUAAACUCAACUGCAAGUCAAGAAGGUGAUGCUACAUCUGCUGCCAGUGAUGGGGCUGCAGUGCAGAACAGCUACGAUGCACUAGAAGGUGGUGGCCUCACAGCAACUCCACAUCCUUCUCCUGCACCCCCAAAUGUUAAGAUGAACAGAAGUGUUGGGUAUUCUUACCCUGCCUUACCUCCAGGCUACCAAAAUACUUCUGCACCCGGAGCACCAGGAAUGCAAGCAUCUGCUUUGCAAUAUCCAGAUGGAUCAAAACAUUUCCACCAGCCUGCCCUGGGCACUAAUCACCUAAGUGCAUCUAUGGGUGCCCUGAGUCUACAGCAAGAAGGAUUAAGACCUGUGAAUCUUCUUCAAGAAAGAAAUAUUCUUCCAACAACCCUCUUGAAGGCUCCAGUCCCAAACUUGCAUGAGGACAUCCAGAAGCUCAACUGUAAUCCUGAGUUGUUCCGCUGUACCCUGACUAACAUUCCUCAAACUCAGGCCUUACUGAAUAAAGCCAAACUUCCUUUGGGGCUCCUGCUUCAUCCUUUCAAAGACUUAUCGCAAUUGCCAGUGGUCACUUCAAGUACUAUUGUGAGAUGCCGCUCCUGUCGGACAUACAUUAACCCUUUUGUCAGCUUUCUAGACCAAAGGAGAUGGAAAUGCAAUCUGUGCUAUAGAGUGAAUGAUGUUCCUGAAGAAUUCAUGUAUAAUCCUGUGACAAGAGUUUAUGGAGAACCUCAUAAAAGACCUGAAGUCCAGAAUGCUACAAUUGAGUUUAUGGCUCCAUCUGAAUACAUGCUGCGUCCACCUCAGCCACCCGUGUACCUCUUUGUGUUUGAUGUCUCUCAUAAUGCAGUAGAGACAGGAUACUUGAAUACAGUCUGCCAGACGUUGUUAGACAAUCUUGACUUGCUUCCUGGGAACACUAGAACAAAAAUAGGCUUCAUAACGUUUGACAGCACAAUCCAUUUCUACAGUCUUCAGGAAGGUCUCUCUCAGCCUCAGAUGCUUAUUGUUUCAGAUAUUGAAGAUGUAUUUAUCCCAAUGCCAGAAAACUUAUUAGUGAAUUUAAAUGAAAAUAAAGAGCUAAUUCAAGACCUGCUGAAGGCCUUGCCACAGAUGUUUACCAAGUCCCUGGAAACUCAGAGUGCCCUGGGGCCUGCACUACAGGCUGCCUUUAAACUGAUGUCCCCUACUGGAGGUAGAAUCUCUGUCUUCCAGACACAGCUUCCAUCUGUGGGAAUGGGAGCGCUGAAGUCACGAGAAGAGCCAAACCAAAGAGCAACAGCAAAGGAUAUACACCUGACGCCAUCGACUGAUUUUUACAAGAAGUUAGCCUUGGACUGCUCAGGGCAACAGGUUGCAGUGGAUUUAUUUCUUCUUAGUGGACAAUAUUCAGACUUGGCUUCUCUAGGUUGUAUAUCAAGGUAUUCUGCAGGUAGUGUCUACUACUACCAGUCUUACCACCAUAAACACAACCCUGUUCAGGUGGAGAAGUUGCAAAAGGAACUGAAGCGAUACCUAACUAGAAAGAUCGGGUUUGAGGCUGUCAUGAGGAUAAGAUGCACCAAAGGUCUCUCCAUUCACACUUUCCAUGGGAACUUCUUUGUACGAUCUACAGACUUGUUGUCAUUACCCAACGUGAACCCAGAUGCAGGAUAUGCUGUGCAAAUGUCAGUAGAAGAGAGUCUUACUGAUAUGCAGGUUGUUUCCUUUCAGUCAGCUCUCCUGUACACAUCCAGCAAAGGUGAAAGACGGAUUCGUGUCCACACUAUGUGUUUACCUGUUGUGACAACACUGAGCGAUGUCUACCUAGGGGCAGAUGUACAGGCCAUCACGGGGCUGUUAGCCAAUAUGGCUGUGGACCGGUCAGUCUCCGCUACGUUGAGCGAUGCUCGGGAUGCUCUGGUCAAUGCAGUGAUAGACUCUUUAUCUGCUUAUCGCUCAGCAGUCCUGAGCAUUCAACAGCCUGGUCUCACAGCCCCCUCCUCGCUACGGCUCUUCCCACUUUAUGUACUGGCACUCUUAAAACAGAAAGCAUUUCAAACCGGGACGAGCACACGUUUAGAUGAACGCAUUUUUACCAUGUGUCAAGUGAAGAACCAGCCCCUUGUUUACCUCAUGCUCAUGACACAUCCCAGCCUCUACAGAGUCGAUAACCUCACAGAUGAGGGGGCUCUUAACAUAAACGACAGAACUAUACCUCAGCCACCCCUUCUCCAGCUGUCAGUGGAGAAGUUGAGCAGGGAUGGUGCUUACCUUAUGGAUGCUGGCUCUGUAAUGUUUCUGUGGAUUGGGAAGAACUGUGGGCAGAGCUUUAUCAGCCAAGUCCUUGGAGUUCCCAAUUAUGGCUCGAUACCACAGAACAUGACACAUCUCCCAGAACUUGACACUGCAGAAUCCAUCAGAAUAACAGCUUUCAUUUCUUGGCUGAGAGAACAGAGACCUUUCUUCCCUAUACUAUAUAUAAUAAAGGAUGACAGUCCAUUGAAAUCAAGUUUUCUGCAAAAUAUGAUUGAAGACAGAACAGAAUCAGCCUUAUCAUACUAUGAAUUCCUCCUUCAUAUACAGCAGCAAGUGAAUAAAUGAAACGCUAGCCUUUGGCUCACUUCUUUAAGGAAAGAUUUUGCAGUAAAGAACGAUUGUGCUUGUAAUAUCUUCAUUAAAUCUGUGGCCUGAGGCAGUUGAUGAGAAGUUCUCACUGUGAUUUCAACGAACUAAAGCAAAUAAAGGACCACAUCUGAGAAUCAAAUGUGCUACUACAUAAUAUUAUACCUUAAAAAAAAGGAAAAUCAAACUGUUGGAACUGGUUGAGCACCUUUAAUUUGCUGCAAAUCAUGUUUUUACUGUAAGUAGUUGCAGCAUGAAGUAUAUUUACAAAGGCAAUACUGAAAAGGUGAAAUACAUUUUGUAAAAUAAAGAGUUCUUUGUUGUUCAAAAUGUAUAUUUCUGUAACUCUUUGCCUUUUUCUUGUUCUUGUUCCUUUUUUUUUUUUUUUGCUGCUAGAUACAAAACCUCACAAUACUGAUCAUGAUUUGCAGGGAAAUUGUUUUAAGUGCAUCCAGUGAUUACAGACAGAGCAUCUCAGUGUUCAAACUUAAAGUAGCAAUGAACAACUGUUCAUUGUGAAAUGAACAAAUACUUGUGAAGUGUAGAAUCCAGGGAUUGUGGCUAACAGGACUAAAGGUGAGCUUAACCUGGACAUGAUGGCUGAGUUUGAUAAAGCUUUUAAUAAGUCAGUAUUCGAAUUAAAAAAGAGAGGAGUGGGUUCUGUAUGAGAACAUCUUAAUGUCAGUGGCUGACAUAGCAGCAAAAGUAGACUUAGAUGGCAAACGUUUUUCUUCAGUGAAAGGAAUAGUUGGCAUUUCAGUUUGUGAAUGGGUGGGAGGGGAAGGGCAAGGAAGGUUCUCUCAGACCUUUUGGUUUAUGUUUAGUAGACUUUCGGCUCUUGUUUACAUUAACUGAAUGUUUAGCCCCUAAAAUCUAGUGUGUUUCUGAAGCAAGUUUGUGUGGCAGCACUUCAAACCUAAUGCUUUGAGACCGCAUUGAAUAUCCUGAGGUUAAAAUUCAAAAAGACAUUCUUUUUCCAAAGACAAACAUAUUUUACAUUGCAGAUUCGUGGGUGGUUUGAGACACACUUGAAGUUUUCUGUUCGUUUUUGUUUGUAAUGAGCCCAGGUCCAAAGCCAGGGUUCACCAAAUAAGAGCUUUAAAUAUACUCUCAGAUCCCUGCCAGAGCUUCAGAGGGAAGGUGACAUUGGCCUUGAAGUGAAAGUUUAUAUACGGAAAUACUUAGAUCAUUUUAAGAGUGCAUUGAUCAUUGUCCUGUGGUGGAGAUUAAGCUAUCACUGAUAGCUACCAACAUAAAGAAUAUUGAAGUUACGGUAUCCCAAUGCCUGUGGAAGUGUUUCAUAUGGACAAACCUUGGUUUGCUUUUUUGUUUGUGAUAAAGGACUUGCAAAACCUACUUCCUAGGGCAAGUAACUUGCACAGGUAAACUGCUUGUAAGUGUUCAGACAUGCACUGUGAUGAGGUUAGUUAACUUACAUUUGUGAUACAGAUGUCCAAGGGCAUCGUAGGUAAUCAUUUGCUGCCUUUUCAUGCUGUAGCUGCACGUGGUUGUCAGGAGUUGCCUUACUUCAGGGGAGUUCCUUGAGGGAAGAUGUUCUUGUCGCUUGAGCACAGGAAGCUGAAUUUCAGAACAAUGUCUAAAAUAGCAUGAAAAGACUAUUAGAGAAUCAGUUGAAGCUUCCCUGUCUGCUCCCCCCCUUCAAAUAGGAGUAUAUUUACUUGAAGAGCUUGUCAGAGAAUUGCACAGUUUUGAAGUCAUAGUGAAGAGGUUUUUAAGUUUUCACACCCUGAUUUAACCUUUUUCCUGGGGGAAAGGGGUCUCUUCAUUUAAAUCAUAAAUGGAAGCUAUGCACUUGCAUAGGUGAUGACUUAAAUUUGUGGUUUUGGGUAUACUACCACUCAGAUGUUGAAAAUCAUCCUUGUACCUUAACAGCCCCCCCAAAGUGUCUCUUACUAUGACUGUAUUUUGUUACUAUAUCCCUUACUCUUUCAAGACAUAAAUGUUGGAGAUGGCCUCAUUGCUUUAUGUACACCAGACUAAUGGCUAAAGAUGUCAAUCUUUGUGGCAAUUAACAGCUUUGAAUUAGAGUCCCUAAGUUUUACAGAGCAAAACAUGAUAAGAAUCAAAUCUUGGAGUCCUCUUUGCUUUGGAAGGAAUUCAGUGUUGAGCUUUGUUACUAUAUUCCCUAUCAGUGGGAAAGCCUGCUGGUUUGCCCUCUAUUGCUGUAGGGGCAGUACAGGACAGAUGAACACAGAAACUACUUAUGAUUUGUCACUUUUACCUACAACUGGAAAAUAAGGACACUGAAGAUGAACUGCCAAAACGGGCAGGAGUGACUCUGGUACUGAGAUCUUAGCACCACAACUCGACCACUGAAAAUGGUCUCUAUUUUUCCAGUUGAAGACUCUUUUUGUUGAAUUCUAUCUGUAUUUGACACAUUAGUGUUCAGCCAACAUUGUUACCAUCCAUUUUACUUUGCUUUCAUUCUCGUUUUUAAUUUAAUCUCUUUGAGUCUGACUCCACAUAGACUGUGUUGCAAUAACUAGAAUGAUUCACUUUUAUUUAGCAUUAACUUCUUAACAGAAUUUAAUCAAAGACACAGAAUGGCUGUUAAGUAAGGGACCAUUAAAUGUGAUUUUAAGGUUCUGUUUACUAUUAUGGAUGUAAUCCUUAUAGUAAAUUUAAUUUUGUAAAGUAGUGUAUAAUAUUGUAAUAUUAAAUCUUUGUUUUCUGAACUCAAACAUAUGAUCUUCAGUAUGAAGUGAUAAAUCUUCCCCCCUUCUGAAUCUGAGACAGGAUUUACUUGUCCGCCUUUUUACAGUUUGUAAUUUUCACUGUUUUAUUCCUGUAAAAAGUCAUUUGUAACACAUGCAAAUGCUUAUUUUAUCUGUGCUAAUUUAUCAGAUUUGGCUACUCAAUAAAAUUAAUUGAAAGAA